AUGAACCACAUCGGGGUCGGAUAUGCUGUGACUUUCUGGGACGAUCCUCAUGGCGAGCGUGUCGGCUGGCGUUUCUCCAUCGCCGUGCAGCUGAUCCCGGCUCUCAUAUUUGCUAUCGGCCUGCCGUUCCUCCCUGAAACUCCUCGUUGGCUAGUUGAGCACAACGACCUUGAUCGUGCUCGGGCGACCCUCACCUACUUCCGAGAAGGGUCUCAUUCACAAGACCAGAUUGAAGCUGAAUUUGCUGACAUACAAGCGAGUGUUACAGCCUUCAAGGCAUCCGGUUUGACAUGGACUUCACUGUUCAGAGAACCAGCCCUGUUUAAUCGUCUUUGGCGUGCUGCUCUUCUUCAGUUCAUGGCGCAGAUGUGUGGUGCAACAGCGAUGAAGUACUACUUGCCCACACUUUUCAAAGUCCUUGGGCUUGGAACCCGGCUCAGCUUACUUGCUGGUGGCAUUGAGAGUACAGCGAAAAUUGGCUGUACCAUUCUCGACAUGCUGAUCAUCGACAAAGCAGGACGCCGUUUGACACUUGUUAUAGGUGCGGGGACUAUGGCGUUUGCGAUGUUGAUUAAUGGUGCUGUUCCACUCGCAUAUCCUGGCAACGUCAACCGGGCAGCAGACUACACAUGCAUUGUAUUCAUAUUCAUUUACGCAAUUGGCUACAGUAUGGGUUUUGGUCCUGCAGCUUGGGUCUACGGUUCAGAGAUCUUCCCUACUGCUGUCCGUGCGAGAGGCCUCAAUUUCGCAGCUUCAGGAGGUGCUAUUGGCUCCAUCAUCGUAGCCCAAAUCAUUUUUCUCCUUUAUCCUGAAACAAAAGGUGUGCAACUCGAGGACAUGGAUCGUCUUUUCGGCACGCCAAACCUCAUCGACGAAGCGCAAAGCACUCACCUGGCUGCUGAAGACUCCGCAAACAGGAACACGACCGACCCUAGGGAAGCCGGUGUAGCGAAGGCUGUUUGA